UGAAUUGGUCCAAUAGAAACUCUCAUUUUAGUUGCUGUUUGGCUAAUGAUUACACCUGUUUCAGAGUUUCAGGUGAGAGCAACUGAAGAGAAGGCAAGCAAAAGUUUUGUUCUGGUUCACUCUGUCAGGCCUCUUGGAAACGACAUUAUCUUUGGAAUAUUGCUGUGCAGAAAGAGGUUUACCAACAUGGUCACUUUGGGAAAGUGCCUUACAUGCUCAAGACUACAGUUAGCUGUGAUGUUUGUGGUAACAGUUUAUCUGAAUACAGAUGUCACAGUGGCUAUGCAGAUAACAUCCACAGGGUCUCAGACCAUUCAAAGAGCCCAGGGGGAGACAGUCGUGCUGGGAUGCACAUACACCCCUGCCCCCUCUGACACAGGAGAUCUGGACAUUGAGUGGAUGAGUGUCCAUCCAGACAUGACCCAGAAAGACCAGCUGGUCCUAUCUUAUACAGGAGGGCAGAAAUUGCAUUACGGGGACCCCAGCUUCUCUAAGAGGAUGGACUUCACAGGAGACCCUGCGUUGGGAGACGCAUCCGUCUCAUUCUCUGCAGUGAAAGCCUCAGACACAGCCACCUACCAGUGCAAAGUCAAGAAGGCGCCGGGUGUUGACAUGCGAAAAGUCACUCUGGUAGUGAUGGUCCCUCCAUCAGUGCCUAAGUGUUGGGUUGAAGGCGGUGAAGAGAAGGGAGCCGAUGUCUCCCUCCGAUGCAAGUCAUCCGUGGGAUCCACCCCCCUUAACUAUGUCUGGACCAGAGAGAGUGGAGGGGCCAUCCCACCUACAGCAACACAAAACUCCCAGACUGGAGAGCUGAUGAUAAGAAAUCACUCAGAGAGCUACAUGGGAAAUUAUCUGUGUGUGGUGUCGAAUCCUGUGGGCAAAGAGCAGUGUAAAUACACCCUGCACGCAUACAACCCUCCCAACAAAGCAGGGGUCAUAGCGGCUGCUGUGAUUGGUGCACUGCUACUGUUGCUCCUCCUCCUGCUUCUCAUCUGGCUUCUGGUCUGCUGCUGCCACAAGCGUCGCUAUGAGAAGGAGGUUGCCCAUGAAAUCAGGGAGGAUGCCCCAGCCCCAGAGAGCCGACCCGCCAGCAGGAACUCCAGCUUCCGCUCGGUCCUAGGCUUCCGCUCCCCCCCUGGGGCAGUCUAUAGCUCAGUGAGAAAUGGUCAGCCCAAGAGGACAGAGUCAGACAAUAGGAGCUUCUACACCAACAGUAGCAUAGGCAUGCCUGCCCCCAGCAAGCAGAAAGCCCCUCAUUUGCCACCUGUGCUGAAAUAUGACAGCAGUAAUGGUUACCCUGUGUAACAAUGUUUUGGGUUGGGGUAAGGAUAAGCAUGAAAGCAUUACAGGAUAUGUAUAAUCUCAUUCCCAUGCUACUUCCCCCCUGUACUUUGUGCAACAGCCUGAAAACUCUUGGUGCAAUAGUACAAUGGAUAAUGUUUUAGUCACGUGAAGCUCAACUGAGGAUUUUGCCAAUGAGAAUGAGUGAGAAAGAGAUUAUAUUUAAAGUGUAUGUCAGAUGCAGUGGUGUGAAAGUACUACUUAAGUUGUUUUUUGGGAUAUCUGUACUUCACUAUUUAUAUUUGACUAUUUUCUUUAGAAAUGUA